AUGAGAAAACGAAAUCCAAAUAUUCAAGAUGUUGACAUAAUUUUGCUACAGAUAAAUAUUGAUGACAUUCCUGUAUUUAUGAGUACUAAUAGUCAGUUUUGGCCUAUACUAGGAAAGCUUGUUAAACCAUUUGUUGGGGAUUCAUUUGUCAUUGGCUUGUAUUUUGGUGAGAAAAAAUCUGGAAAUUUUGAGUUCUUAUUAAAGGAUAUAAUCUACUGUCAAAUCACAUACACAUUGUGUGAAAAGUGCACACAGCAUGGUGUUUGGGCUGGAAGAAUGACAUUUGCAGAGGUGAUUGCACCUCUGUGCACUGAUGUUUCUUUUGUAGAAAUGGCUGAUGAAGAACAUCACCUUCGACCCUCACCUCUGCUACACACAGGUUUGAGGAUGGUGACUCAGUUUGCUCUUGAUUACAUGCACUUAGUUUGCCUUGGAGUUAUGAGAUACUUAAUUUUGAUGUGGAUGAAGCAUCCAUUAAAUUGUAGACAAGGUAUCAACAUCAUUACUAGCAUAUCCAGCAUUAUUGUUAACAUGAAAGCAUUAUUACCAAAAGAGUUUGCACGGAAACCAAGAUCACUCUUUGAAGUUAAAAGAUGGAAAGCCACAGAAUUGAGGAAAUUUUUAUUUUAUAUUGGGCCAGUUGCAUUGGCAGGAAAAUUAUCAUGUAUGUUAUAUCAUUAUUUCAUGUUGAUUUUUGUAGGUAUUUACAAACUUCCAAAAAAAAAAGAGAUUUGUGUUCUGUAUAAUGACCUUCCAGUCUUGUUUGUUUAACAUUUUUCUCAGCUCUAUGGAGCUAACGUGGUUGUUUACAACGUACAAAACUUAAUACAUCUUGCACAAGAUGUU